GGGAACAUCGUGGAGGCCAUCGCCUCCCUCCGCAGGUGGAAGAAGCAGCUGGGUCGGGCGGCUGAGAUGGGCAUAUCGCUGCCCGAUGGAAGCGUCCUCCUUAUGGCUUUGGAGGGAGCGACAAAGCAGAUCACGGAGGGCAACAAGGACAUCAGCUUCAAGUUGAACAUGGCCAAGAACGAGUUGGGUUUGCCGCACAAACCCACGCUGUCCAAUGUCCUCACGUACUCGGACCACAUCGCCGCGGAGCUGCAGCAGGUGAUCCCCUUCAACAAGGAGCAGACGGCUAAGCUGAAGGCAGCGAGUGCGGAUUCGGGAUCGCCCACUUCGUCAGCGCCCUCACCUUCCGGAAAGGGUCAAGGGCAGAAGCAGCCUUGCAAGUUCUGGCUUACAGAUGAAGGGUGCUGGCGUGGAGCAAAUUGCAAAUAUGGACAUGUUUUCCAGUCCAAGGAGGACAAGAGUGACAAGAGGGCCCGAUGCUGGUCUUGUGGGGCCACAACACAUCGCCAGGCAGAUUGCCCCACGAGGCGUGGGGGCAAACGGGGGAAGAAGGAUUCCGGAGGAGCCCUCAACAGCAACCUCGGCAUCUACAGCUACGGCAACGAGUGUGACUUUGGAGCACCCUACGCAACAGGUCCCAGCGUCUACGACCUCUACCACCUUCCCAACCUCAACAGUGGCGAGGUCAGGGAGCUGGCGGAGCAGUUCUUGGCGAAGAUCAAGAGAUUGGCGCCAGUGCAGGCUCAGACCGACGAUGCGGUGAUGGACCUGGAGCUUCUACUGAGGUCGCAGGGUUUCGAGCAGCAUCAGGGCAUGGCCUUACUUGACAGCGGGGCAUCUCAUGCCUACCGGGCCCCGCGCACAGUGGAGGAGACGAGGACGGCCAAGCGUGUCCGAGUGCAGUUGGCUGAUGGUCGUGCGGUGUAUCCACGGCAAAACCCUGGAGGCACUUUGUUGUCGGAGGAGGAGGGUGGUGGCACGAUCCUCCCGCUGGGCAGCCUCGUGGAAUCCCUGGGCUGCCGCCUCGAAUGGACACGCCGCCACGGAUUGCGAGUACAUCAUCCUCGGUAUGGCCUUCUUCCCACCAAGCUCAUCGGCAACACCCCAGUGCUUCGUGAGACCGAAGCCCUUCAGCUAAUAGCUGACAUGGAACAAGUGGAAAUGGACAAGCUCGAGGCCAACGUGACGGAGGGAGCGAUCCGAACGCUCUCGGUGGACGAGGCUCCAGCGACGUGGUUGGAUCACCUGGAGGAGUUUAUCAGCAAGGGAGACAGAGCGUGCCUGAGGAGAAUGCUCCUGGACGAGGAGUCCCCGGUGAAGGCCCUAUCUGAGCAGGAGGUGACUUCCCUCCUGGGUGUGGAAGAGCGACUACUCUUGUCUGAUGAUGCGGGUGCUCACUACUUGAAGGCGCUCCCUGUCAAUCGGGCUAUGCGAAAACGUCUCCUACGGACUCGAUGGGUGGUUCACCUGUACAAUGGUGACGAACAAGGGCCAGAGUUUGCUCGGGCGGAGUCUGACGAUGUGACGGUGAUCCGUAUGGAUAUGAAGGACUCCAAGGCCUAUGAUCUUCGGUUUGCCAAUGGCGCCGUGCGUGCUCUUAUGUGGGCGGCAGCAAGGGGCCAAAUCGAGGCGGUACUGGGAGCGCCUCCUCGAGGAACAGAGCACAGCUCGCUCCUCUUCAAGCGGAUGAUGUUGCUGUGGUUGGUGGCCAAUUCUGGUGCGGCCCUCGAUGCCUUGUGUGCUCCUUCUUUCACCCUGGAGCUGCCGACCUGGCAUCACUUCUGGACCAGCUCAGCAUGGCUUUCCUUCAGGGACGAGCUGAGGUUUCUCAAGUACCACUCGGUGGCUUGUCAGGGCAACUUGUACUUCUUGGCGUCUUCUCUGGAGAUGUCUGAUGGCCUUGAUGUGGAUGAAGCUAUGCGAAGCGACAUGAGGCGCCACGAGGCCGUGUUGAGCAAGCUGAUUGGGAAUCGGGAGUUGAAUGCAAAGGACUUGGAGUAUUGGCAGCGGCACAUCAAUAACAACCACCUCCCCUACGAUGUUCCCUUUCCAGACGAAGAAGAGGAAGAGAUUGAGCCAGAGCUUGACCCGUUCGAGGAAGAUGAAGGGGUUGCAGUUCCGGAUGAGGAGGAGGACGACGAGCAGAAGGAGAUGAACAAGAGGUUCCAGAAGAUCUAUGAGGGCAUCGGCGACAACCUCGAGUACCAGACGCUCCACUUCGCGGUCCCUAUGAACACCCGGACGUCCAAGGAAGUCAGAUCAAAAAUCCAGCAGAUUUACUUGCAGCUCCGACAACAUGGACUACCAUUGGUGCGAAUCCACUCCGACCGAGGACUGGAGCUCAAGGCCAAGGAAACAAGGGCGUGGAUGGCGGAUCGUGACAUCCUGGCGACAACGGGUGAGAGCCAACAGCCCCAACAAAAUGGUCGUGCUGAAGCCCUAGUUCGGACAAUCAAGAGGAGGGUGAAAACUUUGUUGCGUUCGGCGGGCCUCCCUAUGGCGUGCUGGCCCUCAGCGGCGGAGUUUUCAGCAAGAAGGCAACGUGAUUUAGCCCUUGGGAACUAUGAGGACAAGGACCUCCCCUACGGAGCCCCCACGCAUGUGAAGUACAAGCGUUUUGGAGAAGGAGGCCGCUACGACCUUUUGGAGCGAUGGAAGGAGGGGGUCUUUGUGGGCUAUUCCAAUGAUGUGGCGCGAGGGAGGGUUGUGAGACACAGCGAUGGUUCGUACACAACCUCUGUUCACAUCCGCCCCUACCUCAUCGACACCGAGGACCUGGUUGAGUUUGGACCUCACGAGGUGGAAGUUCCAGUCCCGGAGAGGCGCGUUCGCGGGAAGGCCUCGGUCGCUCAGCUUCUACAGGAGCCUAUCAAUGACCUGGACAGAGCAGCGAAGAAGUACAUUGAUGAGGGCAAGUACGAUUUGGGAACAGUCGUGGAGCUGUGGGAGAUGCUGAGAUCAAAGGCCCGGCGAACUACCCGAAACGCCCAAGGCGAAGGACUUCAAUGGAUGGUAGGCCAGUACACGCAUGGAGGCCAAUGUGGUGUGGUCAAUGAUACCAAUGCCUAUCCGUUUGUGACCCUCUACCUAGUGAAGGCCUUCAAGGAGCUGACGGGCGUCAACGAUUUUACCUCGCUUCUCAUCACUGAGGUGGCGUAUGGCUGGAAGCAGACCCCGGAUCCUACAGCUUCCAAGAUGAGUGGCGACAACUACCGAACCGGGGAUGGAGACGAGGGCGGGUACACGAACUACAACCUGGAGACGACGGCUGGUGAUGACCACAUAUACUCCAAGGACUUCUUCCAUGACCUGGACAUCAACGAGGCGGUCCUCUUCUUGGUGAAGGAAGCCGAGGGGGAGAAGCGCCAACGAACUCAGCAGAUCAGUGAGGAACUUCCACAACUACAAGAGGAUGUCUUGGGGCGCCUGAAGGAGAGGAGGGAAUGGUUACAAGAGUUCUUGGCUGAGGAGGAGAUCCUGGCGGAGGAGAUUGGUGUUGUGGGAGAAUCCAUCAACGAGGAGAUCAUGGGAAUCAACGACGUGGUCAGGGACUUGAUCCAAGAUGUGGAGAAGCAGGUCACGGAGGUGGAAAAGAAAUGCGAGAGCCUCUAUCUAAGGGUGGCCAAUGUUGAUGAUGACAAGGAAAUUGGAGACAUUGAAGAGUACCUGGCCAACCUCAAGGAGGACCUUGAAGUGACGUUGGAUGUCCCGCUCGAUCAGGUCAAGCACAAUUUGGACCGGUGGGUGGAGCCGAUGGCCAAGGAGCUAGCGAACCUCGAAGAGAAGACGGGUGCUAUCGAGCGAUGGUCAAUUGCCGAGGCCCGCAAGUUGGAGAGCGAAGGGCGACUUAUCCUUAUUCCAGGAAAGGUCGUCUGCACAGUUAAGCCCCCAGCGCCUCUGGGUCCAGGUUCCCCGCCGAGCACAACGCCGCGCUGGAAACGAAAGGCUCGGGUGGUGAUUUGUGGAAACCUGGCGGGCCAAUCGCACGACCCGAACGACCUCUUCGCGGCGGGAGCAAGUGUGGAAGGCUUGCGCUUGGCACUGGCCAUUGCGGUGUCUAUGGGCUGGUGCGUUGCUUCGACGGAUGUUUCUGCCGCCUUCCUACAGGCGAAAUGGCCACGAGACAGGCCCACCUAUGGUGUUCUGCCGCCGAAGGUUCUUCAGCAAGCUGGACUAGUUGAACAUGGCGUGGUGUUCAUUGUCCGAAGGGCGUUAUAUGGUUUGCGGGCAAGCCCCGCCCUGUGGGCGGCACAUCGGACCGAGGUCCUCGAGAAGCUCUCGGUGGAUACCAAGGAGGGAAGCAUCCUUGUGACCUAUGUGGAUGAUCUACUCUACCUGGCGGCAAGGGACAUUAUCACCAGCCUCCACGAGAAGAUUGGCUCUAUUUGGCCGUGUUCCGAACUGGAGUUUGCAACGGAGGGUCUGAGGUACCUUGGCAUGGAACUGGUUCAGGAGGAGUCUACAGUGACCUUGUCUCAGGAAGCCUACGUGGACAAUUUGGUCAGAUUACAUGGGCUGGACCCGCUGUCCAAGGCAGGCUUACCAUGCCCAAAGGAAUGGCUUCAAGACGAGGACUUCAACGACGUCGCCGAGAACUUCAAUGAGGAAGAGCUAAAGCGAGCACAGAAGGUCACAGGCGAAUGCCUGUGGCUGGCUUACCGCACUCGCCCCGACAUCCUGUUCGUGACAAACUACCUGGCCGCGAUGACCUCUAGGAAGCCAGUGAAGGUGUACAAUGUGGGUCUCAAGGUGAUCUCCUACCUGAACGCGACGGCCGGGCUGAAGUUGAAGGUUGCAUGCAGCCACAGCAGAACAAACGCAGUCCGCCGCAGCAGAACAAACGCAGUCCACAGCAGAACAGACGCAGUCCACAGCAGAACAGACGCAGUCCACAGCAGAACAGACGCAGUCCACAGCAGAACAGUCCGUGGGGUCACAAGUGAAGGGGCAUUUAGCAGGUUUCAGGGUUCCUCUGGCUGGGUAUUGCGAUGCGUCCUUUGCCCCUUACGGAGGGAAAAGCUAUGGCUGCUCGAUGACGAUGCUGGAUCGGACCCCGGUGUCGUGGAAAGCCGGGGAACAACAGCUAGUGGCUAUGUCCGUCUGCGAGGCGGAACUCCUAGAAGGAUCGAACUGCGCGCUGCUUCUCGAAUCUACGAUGUCCAUGGUCCGGGAGCUCCUACCCGACGGUGUCCCACCAAGGAUGUACAUCGACAAUCAGGCAGCAGGCAACCUCCUGAACGGAUCUACUGGAAGUUGGAGAACCCGCCAUUUGCGAAUUCGUCAUUCGUAUGUUCUGGACAGGGUGAAGGCUGGACAUGUGAUUGUGGAACACAUCGCGGGAGAAGAUCAGCCAGCAGACCUUCCGACGAAGAUGCAUUCGAAGGCAAGGUUGAUCCACCUGCUUGA